UACCACAUUUGCUUUGCAUGAUUUAAACAUUUUCCCUCGAUAGUAUCAGAACGUGCGCCUCGUUCGUCCGGUACACCGCGAAUCCUUGAGGGGAAAACCAACCUCCCGUCGACAACGUGCGCGCCGCGUCCGGAUAUUUAAGUAGCUGAGACUCAGUGAACUCGUAUCGAACGUCAACGUUUCGACCAUUACCCCCCCCCAUGUCUCUCUUACUCUUUGCAACAGUUGCGUUGAGCCUGGGCGCGUUCGCCAGUCCCAUUGCGCGUCGCGGGGAGGAGCAGAAAGCCCAGACUGUCCUCGCGCAGAGUGCCCUUGCUGAGAUACUGAAACAGGGUGCUCCCAUCUUAGGAUACGACGAGGGGUGUUCUCGUUCGAACGCCACUUGCGACUGGAUGGCCAACUAUUCGGACGAUACGAAGAUCGUGCAUAUGAGCAUUCCUGGUACUCACGAUGCUGCAACUUGGAACUAUACGCAGGCUACCCAGGAUGAGUUCAUCCGUUAUACUGGAGAGAUUGCAGCGGCCGAGUAUUACCAGUGUCAAGAGCACUCAUUAUUCCAGAUGCUCAACGGUGGUAUCCGAGCAUUUGACUUGCGAGUUGCUUAUAAUCCUGGAAACGAUACCAUCGGAUUUCACCAUUCGGAGGCGAUGCUGAGCCCGACAGCGACAGUCGAGGAUGUAUUCUUUGGUUUCUACAGCUGGCUCGACAAGCACCCCACCGAGGCACUUCUCAUCUCCGUCAACCACGAGAGCAGUACCGGUACACCCGACGACGCUAAACUCUACGAGCAUCUGUACGAUCUCUUCAACAGCAGUCCGGCUACAGAGUAUUGGGUCCAGACUAACGGGACGCUCGGUACCCUUGGUGAAGCCCGGGGAAAGAUGACACUCCUCCAACGGUUCAGCUACGAUCUCCUCCCGGCCUACGACACCAAUAGGAUCGGGAUCUACCUCGAUGCGGACCAGUGGACCGACAACGGCGUCAACAUCACCCUUGUGUACAACGAGGCCGAGGACCAGGUCGCGUACAUCGAGGAUUACUACGACAUCGGGGUGGAGACUGGAGCGGGCGCCGCAGAGAACAUCCUAUGGAAGUACAACGCCACCACGGCGCAUAUCCAGGACGCCAUCGACAACCACCCGGAUCAGCUGUACAUCAGUUUCGCGAGCUCUGAGCAUGAUGUUGACUCGCCUGCCGAGACGCCCCGGAUCAUGGCUCUGGGGAACGGGACAGACGUUCCUGGGGUGAACCAGAAGCUGCUCCCUUGGCUCCAGGAAAGGAACGGAUCGAGAUUCGGAAUCAUCAUGCUCGACUUCUUUGAUAGUGUCCCCGGUCUGGUCGAAGCCAUUUUGAGUGUUUGAAAAAUGAAUAAUGACGUUAUGGAUUAAUUUACUUGGAAUUUUGGGGGGUUGGAAUUGGAAUAUAUAUCAGAUGGUGGUUUACAGGGAAAAGGAACUAGGGUCAAUUUAACGAGCUGGAUGGACAGAUUAUGAGUAAGCAAAUGUUUAAGGAAGAUCAUCCUCUUCAAUUGGUCAAAGAUUCUGCCUGGGCUUUUC